GGCAGCGAUUGGCCCUCGCUUGCUAGGGGCUUCUCUCACCGGGACUGGGGACUCCCGGGAAGUGGACAGUCAGAGGAGGGGGCAUCCUACCUGUUUCUGCGGACUAAGUAGGAGACCCCCGACGUGAGGCGGCCUCACUGGGCCAGAAGAGCUGGCCAGCCAACCCGGCGGCGGAGGAGGCUGUAAAGAGUGUGUGGGACUGGCACCGGCACAGGCACAGGCACAGGCACAGAGGAAGUAUGGCCCCGCAGAACCUGAGCACCUUCUGCCUGUUGCUGCUGUACCUCAUCGGGACCGUAAUUGCCGGGCGCGAUUUCUACAAGAUCUUGGGGGUGCCUCGCAGUGCCUCUAUAAAGGAUAUUAAAAAAGCCUAUAGGAAACUAGCCCUGCAGCUUCACCCUGACCGAAACCCUGAUGAUCCCCAAGCCCAAGAGAAAUUCCAGGAUCUGGGUGCUGCUUAUGAAGUUCUGUCAGAUAGUGAAAAACGGAAACAAUAUGAUACUUACGGUGAAGAAGGAUUAAAAGAUGGCCACCAGAGCUCCCAUGGAGACAUUUUUUCACACUUCUUUGGAGAUUUUGGUUUCAUGUUUGGAGGAACCCCUCGUCAGCAAGACAGAAAUAUUCCAAGAGGAAGUGAUAUUAUUGUAGAUCUAGAAGUCACUUUGGAAGAAGUAUAUGCAGGAAAUUUUGUGGAAGUAGUUAGAAAUAAGCCUGUGGCCAGGCAGGCCCCUGGGAAACGGAAAUGCAACUGUCGGCAGGAGAUGCGGACCACACAGCUGGGCCCAGGGCGCUUCCAGAUGACCCAGGAAGUGGUCUGUGAUGAGUGCCCUAAUGUCAAACUAGUGAAUGAAGAACGAACGCUAGAAGUAGAAAUAGAACCUGGGGUGAGAGAUGGCAUGGAGUACCCCUUUAUUGGAGAAGGUGAGCCUCACGUGGAUGGAGAGCCUGGAGACUUACGGUUCCGAAUCAAAGUCGUCAAGCACCGAACAUUUGAAAGGAGAGGAGAUGAUCUGUAUACAAAUGUGACAAUCUCACUAGUUGAGUCUCUGAUUGGCUUUGAGAUGGAUAUUACUCACUUGGAUGGUCACAAGGUACAUAUUUCCCGGGAUAAGAUCACUAGGCCAGGAGCCAAGCUAUGGAAGAAAGGGGAAGGGCUCCCCAGCUUCGACAACAAUAACAUUAAGGGCUCUUUGAUAAUCACUUUUGAUGUGGAUUUUCCAAAAGAACAGUUAACAGAGGAAGCAAGAGAAGGCAUCAAACAGCUACUGAAACAAGGAUCAGUGCAGAAGGUAUACAAUGGACUGCAAGGAUAUUAAGAGUGAAUAAAAUUGGACUUUGUUGAAAAUAAGUGAAUCAGCGAUAUUUAUUAUCUGCAGGGGUUUUUAUGUGUUUUUGUUUUUUAUUUUCAAUAUGCAAGUUUGGCUUAAUUUUUUUUGUAAUGAUUGUCAUUACAUGAGUAAGAAGGCUUAAGAAUUUGUUCAUUUGCAUUCAGACAAGAGUGACCAGCAAAAGGUUAACUAAUACCUCUCCCUUUGGGGAUAUAAUGUCUGGUGCUGCCUGCUGCCUGAGUUUCAAGAAUUAAAGCUGCAAGAGGACUCCAGGAGCAAAAGAAACAUUACAGACGGUUGGAGAUAAUUGUUAGCUAUUCCACUAAAUGCCAACUGGAGAAGUCUGUUUUUAAAUACAUCUUUUGUUUUGUUUUUUCCUUGA